AUGUACUGGAAAGCCCUGUCCUUCCUUUUUGCCAUUGAGGAGAUUAACCAGAAUCCCCAACUCUUAGCCAAUGUCACCUUGGGCUAUAAUAUUCAUGACAACUAUUUUAACACAAAGGUGACUUCGGAAAUUUUAUUGGACCUGCUUUCAAAGGGAGAGGCAGAUAUUCCAAAUUAUAACUGUGGAAAAUGGAGAAACACACUGGUGGUCCUUGAAGGAGCUGAUUCGGACAUGUCCAUUCAGAUGUCAACCAUGCUGAACAUCUUCAAGAUCCCACAGGUCAGUUAUACUUUUGCUUCCCAGGUUUUGAGUGACAGAAAACGAUUCCCUUUUUUUUACUCAACUUUCCCCAAAGAACCACAUGAGUACCCAGGGAUUGUCAAAAUACUCCAACAUUUCGGGUGGACGUUGAUUGGACUCCUCGCUGCAGAUACUGAAAAAGGAGAGAAAUUCAUGAGACUCUUCACACCCAUACUAGUCCAGAAUGGCAUCUGUGUAGUUUUCUCCCAAACCAUUUCAGUGAGUCUUAAGGAUAAUGUCUACCAUCCUGGACUUCUCCAUGAAUGGAGUCAAGUCAAUGUCUUUCUUUACUUUGCCGAGGCCUUAACCUUCUCAUAUGGAAUAGCACUUGCCCAAAUCAAGCUGAGCCAAGUGGAGAAACCUGUUGUGGGAAAAGUUUGGAUCACAACAGCUUUCUGGGACCUCACCUUGCCAUUGUCAUAUAGUGAUUUAUCUUUCAAGUACACCCAUAGUAUUCUUUCCUUUUUUAGCCGGACAAAUCAAAACAUAAAAUAUGAUUAUUUCCCCAAACUUAAUGCUUUUACAGAGAAAUUUGCAGGUUUAGUAUUUUCAUGUUCCUAUACAAAACAUGCCCUGUCUGUGAAAGGCUGGAUAAGGUGCAAAGAAAGAGAAAAAUGGCGGAAAGUUUCUCAUGAGCUACAGGAAAGGAUUCUGUCCCUGGAUGGCUACCACAUUUACCACACCAUCUGGACCGUUGUGCAUGCUUUACACAUGGUCUAUUCUCUCGGAUCCCAGAGAAGGGCCAUGAAGAAUGGAAACAGAUCUGGACUUCAAAGAUUGCAGCCAUGGCAGCUUCACCCUUUCCUGAGCAUCGCCCAGUAUUACAAUAAUUCUAUGGAGGGAGUAUAUUUGAAUGAAAAAGGGGACCUGGCAGCUGACUUAGACAUCAUGUACUGGGUGAAGCUUUCCAAUCAAUCUGUUAUCAAAGUGACCAUUGGGAGUUUGGAAAGAAAGGGAUGCUCAGAAGCCAAAUUUAGGCUCACGAUGGAUCAGAAGGCAAUCAUGAGGUCCAUGCAGGUCAACAAGCCCCUGCCAAGGUCUCGGUGUGUGGAUAGUUGCUUGCCUGGGUUUGUCAAGCUGGUUGAUGAAGAUAAACCAGUUUGCUGCUACAGUUGUAUUCCUUGUGCAGAAGGGACCAUCUCCACCCAGGAAGAUGCCAAACAUUGUCUGAGAUGCCCCAAGGACCGGCACCCCAACAAGGAACGGGAUCAGUGUGUUCCUAAGGUGAUCACUUUCCUAUCCUAUUCAGAAGAUCUGGGAGUCAUCCUUACUUCCUUCGCUUUACUUUUCUCUUUGAGCUCCGGCUUUGUUUUAAACAUAUUCAUUAAGCACCUGGAAACCCCAGUAGUCAAAGCCAACAACCGGGACCUGUCCUACCUGCUCCUCAUUGCCCUCCUGCUUUCCUUCCUGUCUUCCUUCCUCUUCAUUGGCCAGCCAAGGAGAGCUACCUGCCUUCUGCGACAAGCUACCUUCAGCAUCAUAUUCUCCAUAGCCGUGUCUUCUCUUUUGGCCAAAACCAUCACAGUGGUGCUGGCCUUUCUAGCCACCAAACCAGGAAAUAGCAUGAGAAAAUGGCUGGGGAAGCCUUUGGGCAACUCCAUUGUCCUUUGCUGCUCUUUUAUCCAAGUUAUAAUCAGCACUAUCUGGUUAGGUACUACUCCCCCAGUCCCAGACUCAGAUAUGACUUCCCAGACCAGAGAGAUUGUCCUGCAAUGCAAUGAAGGCUCUGUUGCAAUGUUCUACACUGCUCUCUGCUACAUGGGCUUCCUUGCAGCCAUCUGCUUCACAGUAGCUUUCCUGGCCCGGAGGUUGCCUGGCGCCUUCAAUGAAGCCAAGCUAAUCACCUUCAGCAUGCUGGUCUUCUGUAGUGUUUGGAUCUCCUUUCUCCUGCCAAGUUCUCAGUGUGUGGAUAGUUGCCUGUCUGGAUUUGUCAGGCUGCUGGACCUCAUGAAGCCAGUUUGCUGUUACAGUUGUGUUCCUUAUGCAGAAGGGACCAUCUCCACUCAGGAAGACUCAGAUAUGCAUUCCCAGGCUAGAGAGAUUGUCCUGCCAUGCAAUGAAGAAUCAGUCAUCAUGUUUUAUACUGUACUAUGCUACAUGGACUUCCAGGUGGCUGUUUACUUCCUGGUGGCAUUUCGAGCCCAGAGACUGCCUGGUGCCUUCAAUGAAGCCAAACUAAUCACUUUCAACAGGCUGGUGUUCUGUAUUGUUUGGAUCUUCUUUGUGCCUAUCUACCUGAGCACCAAAGGCAAAUACAUGAUGGCCAUGCAGGUUUUCUCCAUCUUGACCUCCAGUGCUGGGCUGCUGGCUUGCAUCUUUUCCCCCAAGUGCUACAUUAUUCUUUUUCAACCUGAUUUGAAUAGAAAGGAACAGGUUAUUCUGAAAAGCAAAAUAGAAAUAUGA